ACACAAAGCAACAUAGCCUCGCAUACAACCACUACACUCAAGCAUACAUGCAUUGUUUCCUAGUCCCCUGACCGAUGCGUCUUCCAUUAGCCGUAAACUAGAUCGCCUCAGCAGCCUAACACCGAAACCGUCUCUAGCAUGGUCGAAUGCCCCAUCUGCAACCGAAACGUGCGUGCCACCGCCAUCAACAGCCACCUCGAUUCCGGCUGCGAGACGGGCCUGGUCGAAAAUGAGGGCAAUAGCAGAAAUUCCCCUCCGCCGGUGACCGAUGGUGCAAACGGCGGCUCUGUCCCCUCCUCGACGGCAAAUAAUCCCCCCUCGGCGACGCAGAAGCGAUCCGCAUCCACCUUUUUCCAGACCCCCGCCGCGAAGCGCCAUGCAAACCCAACCACGAGGCUCGUGACGGCCUCUGUGCCGGCCAAGACGAACGGCACGAAACGCACCUUCGACGAGGGCCCCGGGCAGAGCUCACCGGGAGAGCACAACCACCCAGACGGCGCCGUCUUUACAUCCGCGUCGACGGCGAUCGCAGGGCCGUCUGGUAAACGCGUCAAGCCAAACCGUGCGGCGCCGUUGGCGGAGCGGAUGCGGCCCCGGACUCUGGAUGAUGUUUACGGACAGGACUUGGUGGGCCCCAGCGGUGUGCUCAGAUCGCUGAUCGACUCGGACCGGGUUCCAUCUAUGAUACUAUGGGGCGGAUCGGGGACGGGCAAGACGACCAUCGCCCGCUGCAUAGCGCAGACGGUCGGUUCGCGGUUCGUCGAGCUCAAUGCGACGUCUACAGGAGUCAAUGAGUGCAAGAAGCUGUUCCAGGAAGCCGCGUCGGAGCUGGGGUUGACGGGCAGGCGGACCAUCAUCUUUUGCGACGAGAUACACCGCUUCAACAAGGCGCAGCAGGACGUCUUCCUGAAACCGGUCGAGGCCGGCACCAUCACGCUCAUCGGGGCCACGACCGAGAACCCGAGCUUCAGGGUGCAGUCGGCGCUGCUGUCGAGGUGCAGGACCUUUACGCUCUCCAAGCUGACCAGCGAGGACGUCCAGAGGAUAUUGGUGCGGGCGCUGGACGAGGAGCAGAAGAUCGCGGGGGAUGAUGUGCAGCCUGCCAGCCCGCUCAUAGACGCCGAGAUGAUAGCAUAUCUUGCGAAUUUUGCAGACGGCGAUGCAAGGACGGCUCUGAACCUCCUCGAGCUUGCGCUUUCCCUGACCAGGCCGAGGAUAGACGGCGAUGGUGACGUCGCGGCGGGACCCGUUGCGCUGACCAAGGAGGAUGUAAAGAGUGCACUGACGAAGACACUGGUUUACGACAGGGCUGGAGAUCAGCAUUACGAUAACAUAUCCGCCUUCCAUAAAUCGAUCCGCGGCUCCGACCCAGACGCAGCGCUUUACUACCUCGCCCGCAUGCUGCAGUCAGGCGAGGACCCGCUGUUCAUCGCGCGGCGGCUCGUGGUGGUGGCUUCUGAGGACGUAGGCUUGGCGGACAACACGCUCCUGCCCCUGGCCACGGCGGCCUACACGGCAGCGCAGCAGAUCGGGCUGCCCGAGGCGCGGAUUCCGCUCGCGCACGCGACGGUGGCGCUGUGCCUGGCGCCCAAGAGCACGAGGGCGUACCGCGGCCUCAACAACGCCUUUACCGCGUUGAGGGAGCCGGGAGUCGCGGCGCUUCCCGUCCCGAUACACCUGCGCAACGCGCCGACGAGGUUGAUGAGGGAGAUGGGCUACGGUGCAGAGUACAAGUAUAAUCCAAACUACAAGGAUGGCAAGGUCAAGCAGCAGUAUCUGCCCGACGACCUGGUCGGGAGGAGGUUCCUCGAGGAACGGGACCUCGGAACAGAGAUUGAUCCCGACCUGGGCGAGGAUGGAGGGUGAUUCGGCAAGUGUCCUCCUCGUACGAUGUCCUGUGGUUUUGUUUACUGGUACAAUGGCGGAACUGUUGUAUUUUAGGAUAUGCACAGCGCGGCUUGGCUAUGCGUCAACAUAGACCCGGGCCGAAGUCCGGUGUAUUUACAAGGGGCUCUCUCUUGUUGUAUACAUCUGUUUAAUAAGAACCCGGUAGAUUCAAAGGAUUAAAACCCGAUGAGCAGAAAUAUCUUGCCCGGUGGUAGGCAUGAAUAAGUCACAUGUUGCAAGUCGCGGCCAUCACGUGAUUGUUCAAAAAGCUCGGGAGUUCCCACCAAUAAUUUUGCUUCUCUUCCCCG